GAGCAACUUCUCAGAUCAGAUCGGGGUGUGGCGGAUUAGAAAACAUUGAAACAAAUCACAGAUCAGUUGCAGUUGCUGCCUAACGGCGCUCGGCGAAAUCGACUCAAGGACAGAAAAAUAAGAAAGAAAAGGGAUUUGGCUUUUCCUCUUUGCCGGAUCCAGUCGCAGAUUUUUCCCUCGACUUCUUUAUACCUGUGCAGAAGGGUUGCGCUAAACUUUUUUUUUUUUUUUUUUUUUUUUUUGGGGUGGAAAACUUUUGGAUUAGUGGAUAUUGUUUUAUGUGGAUUUUGAUAUUUUUGGAGACUUAAACAUCAACAGUUUAUCGGUUCCAGGUGGUGUUCUCAAUAUUAAAUCAAUACGUAACGCCUUAUUAAAGAUUAUCUGGACGCAUUUUUGGAUUUAUAGUGUCUUGAAGUCGCUUCCCUUCAUUGACUUGCGACAUUUUUUUUCCAAAGCCAAAAGAGGAAGUUAUCCGAGUCUAUUACUCACGGAAGACUCUUUUAAAACAUCUCCUGCAGCGUGACAAAAGGUUUAUACCUUUAUAUUUCUCCUCUUAAAUCGAUCCCUGUAAUCCGUCGCCCUGAAGCGUGCAUUCGGAACUAUGGGCUGUACCGUGAGUCAGGACGAUAAAGCCGCGGCCGAGAGAUCCCGAAUGAUCGACCGGAAUCUGCGGGAGGACGGAGAGAAAGCUGCUAAAGAAGUCAAACUGCUGCUGUUGGGUGCUGGAGAAUCAGGGAAGAGCACCAUCGUAAAACAGAUGAAGAUUAUCCACGAGGACGGUUAUUCGGAGGAAGAGUGCAAGCAGUAUCGAGCAGUGGUCUACAGUAACACAAUCCAGUCCAUCAUGGCCAUCAUCAAAGCCAUGAGCAACCUCAAGAUCGAAUAUGAGGACUCUUCCAGAGCGGAUGAUGCCCGUCAGUUGUUUGCCUUGGCAGGGGCAGCAGAGGAACAGGGCAUUCUUCCAGAUGACCUGGGCAAUGUCAUCACCAGACUGUGGGCCGACGGAGGUGUACAGAACUGCUUCACCCGCGCCAGAGAAUAUCAGCUCAACGACUCUGCUGCAUAUUAUCUGAAGGAUAUGGAGCGGAUAGGCAAAUCAGAAUACAUCCCAACCCAACAAGACGUGUUGAGGACCAGAGUGAAGACCACCGGCAUCGUAGAGACACAUUUUACCUUUAAAGACCUGCACUUCAAGAUGUUUGAUGUCGGCGGUCAGCGUUCAGAGAGAAAGAAGUGGAUCCACUGUUUCGAAGGCGUGACGGCCAUUAUCUUCUGUGUGGCCAUGAGUGCGUAUGACCUGGUGCUGGCUGAAGAUGAAGAGAUGAACCGAAUGCAUGAGAGCAUGAAGCUCUUCGACAGCAUCUGCAACAACAAGUGGUUCACCGAGACCUCCAUCAUCCUGUUCCUCAACAAGAAAGAUCUGUUUGAGCAGAAGAUCACACACAGCCCGCUCACCAUCUGCUUCCCUGAAUACACAGGUGUCAACAAUUAUGAUGAGGCCGCAGAGUACAUCCGCUCCAAGUUUGAGGACCUGAACAAGAAAAAAGAAACCAAGGAGAUUUACCCUCACUUCACCUGUGCCACCGACACCAAGAACGUCCAGUUUGUUUUUGACGCCGUCACUGACGUCAUCAUUAAAAACAACUUGAAGGACUGUGGGCUCUUCUAGAAGACAAAAGCAGGAAGAUGAUUCGAGAUUACUUGAACAGUUUUGAUGACCAGAGGAAGUAUGUGUGGAAAACAUCUGCACGAUUCCUGCUUUCACAAGACGACUGAUGGCUGAGAGGAGCCGACACAAUUUCAACUAAAGCCUUUUUGUCCCUGACAUGACACUGUCCCAGCAGUCUGUUCGACAUUCAAUAUCUUAUUAUUAACUUCAUGGGCAAUGACCACAAAUCAACAACUGUUGGCAUUUCCAUUUGUCUUUUUUGUUUAGUUUGUCUUUUUUUUUUUUAAAUGUACUUUCAUUUUACUGUAGGGAAUCUGAUGUGCAAAUUUGACAUUUUUAAUUGCAUAAUGCUUAAUUAAAAUAAAAAGCAGGUUUUGGAUAUAUGAUUGAAAAAGGAAAGCGCUUUUUUAUGUUUACAUGACAUUGUUCUGCAUGAUAGACGAUAGUAAAUAUACCAGUACAAGUAAUCAGUUCACAUCAACAUAACAUUCCUUUCUAAAAUUACCAUUAAUAGAGAAAGAACGGCAAUUGAUAUUUAAAAUAUGUAUGUAACAGUAUCUAACAACCUAUUUCUUCACGUUCCUGGUCUUUCUAGCAUUGUUUGUGCUUUGACUUCUGUUUACAUGGACUUUAUUUCUCCCAGUUAUCCUGCUGUACACAAACAUUUCUGCUCCAGAUUUAUCUCACCUUGUAAGAAUAUACAGUGAUUAAUAAUGAAAAUCUAGUUGAGAAAAAGGGUCGUUUUUUGUUUGUUUGUUUUUUGGUAAAGAUUAAAAUGCUUUUGAAAGUCCUAUAUAAUGAUUUAAUUUAAAUAAAAGUUCAUUGA